AUGGCCGGCCGCCCCUUGCGCGAGGCGCCGCGAGACCUCUCCGAAAUCGCCAAACAAGAAGAAUCCUUGAUCCUCCCACACUUCACGGCGGACGACGCUCUCAAGAUCGGCCUGUCGAUCCGCAACCGUUUGCGGGCUCUCUCGACCUUGGCCGCCGUGGUGUCCAUCUCUCUCGCCAAUUCCUCCAACCUACUAUUCCACGCCGUUUCGCGCCCGGGGAUCCAGCCGGACAACGACAUCUGGGUGUCGCGGAAGAGGAAGACGGUGUCAAGAUGGGGAGUGAGUACGUGGUUCAUGCACAACAAAUUCAAGGGGGACGAGGAGGCCUUCUCUAGAAAAUAUAUGCUCGGUGGGGAAGCGGGGACUUAUGCGAUUCACGGCGGCGGUGUGCCGGUGAGGGUGAGAGGCGUGGAGGGCAUUGUGGGAGUUGUGGUCGUGAGUGGACUGAAGCAGGAUCAGGAUCACAUGAUUGUCAUUGAAGCGUUGGGGGAAUUUCUGGAACAGUGCAGCAAGGAAGAGGCCGAAAGAUAG